AUGAAUCAGGAGAAUCAGACAAUGGUGACUGAGUUUUACUUCUCUGAUUUUCCUAAGUUUGAGAAUGGCAGCCUCUUAUUCUUCAUUCCUUUGCUUUUCAUUUAUGUGUUUAUUCUUGUUGGAAAUUUCAUUAUCUUUUUGGCUGUAAGGCUAGACACACGUCUACACAACCCCAUGUACAAUUUCAUCAGCAUCUUUUCCUUUCUGGAGAUCUGGUACACCACCGUGACCAUCCCCAAGAUGCUCUCCAACCUGGUCAGUGAACAGAAGACCAUCUCUUUUGUUGGCUGCCUCCUGCAGAUAUAUUUUUUCCACUCACUUGGGGUCACAGAAGGUCUAGUUCUCACCUUGAUGGCCAUUGACAGGUAUGUUGCCAUCUGCAACCCUCUCCGCUAUGCAAUAAUUAUGACCCCUCGACUGUGCAUUCAGCUCUCUACUGGCUCUUGCAUCUUUGGCUUUCUUAUGUUACUACCAGAGACUGUGUGGAUUUCUACUCUUCCCUUCUGUGGUCCCAACGAAAUCCAUCAGCUCUUCUGUGACUUUGAACCUGUGCUGCGCUUGGCCUGUGCAGAUACGUCCAUGAUUCUGGUUGAAGAUGUCAUUCAUGCUAUUUCCAUCCUGACCUCUGUCUCUAUCAUCACCCUUUCCUAUUUAAAAAUAAUCACAGUGAUCCUAAGACUCCCCCCAGGGGAGAGCCGGCAGAAGGCAUUCUCCACCUGUGCAGCCCAUGUCACCAUUUUCCUGCUGUUUUUUGGCAGUGUGACACUCAUGUACCUGCACUUUUCUGUCACAUUUCCACCAUUACUGGACAAGGCUGUUGCACUGAUGUUUGCUGUGCUGGCCCCGUUUUUCAACCCUAUAAUCUACAGUCUGAGGAACAAAGACAUGAAAGAUGCCAUCAAGAAAACCCUCUGUCCUCAGAAGAUGUUCAAUGUCCCUGGGAGUUGA